AUGUUGGAAGAUCAGUUGAAUUUUAUUGAUAACACUAUUGCUGAUAUCAACAAUAAUGAGGAAUUAUUAAAGCUCUCUGAAAUGGAAAAUGAUAAGGAAAUGAUUGAAUAUAUUCAAAAAUCGUUGAGUGAUCUGAUAAAUGUUUUAGAAAAAAAGGAAAUUGAGUCAUUUUUGUCUGGUCCACAUGAUUCAAAGGAUUGUUAUUUGGAAAUUCACACGGGUGCUGGUGGAGAGGAUGCAUCUGACUGGUCUCAAAUGUUAUUGAAUAUGUAUAUAAAUUGUUUAAGAGGUUCUGAAUUAUCUUCCUUUGAGGUUACAUUGGAAGACACUUCUUUCAAGGAAACAGGAAUAAGAAGUGCUUUAUUGUUCAUAUCUGGAAGAUAUGCCUAUGGAUAUCUUAAGCAUGAGCAAGGCGUCCAUAGGCUUGUCAGGUUGUCACCUUUCAAUGCCGAUGUAAGUAUCCAAUAUUGA